UUCUCUCUCUCUCUCUCUCUGUGUCUCUCCUCUGCUCAAAGCACGGGAGAGGUGUUCCUAAGCAGAGAUGUCUGUCCAAUUCAAAUGUGAAAAGUGCUUCCCGACAAUUCCAGCUUGUGGGUUUUCAAGGACAUGAUCUAUGCUUGCCAUUGGUUCGCAGAUUCGAAGCUCUUCUGUAUUUGGUGCUGCAACGACAAGGAAGUUCUUGUUGAACUUCCCCCGCGAGUAUUGUGGUAGAGACAUUAGAAUGAGGAAGUGUCACAAUAGCUACCUCGACAGUGUUAGCAGCGAGUCUAGAGGGGCUCUUAUUGUCUUGGAAGGAUUGGACCGUAGCGGGAAAAGUUUGCAAUCGAGCCGACUGGUUUCGUACUUGGAGGGUUCGGGACAUUCCGUGGAGCCAUGGAGGUUCCCCGACAGAACUACGAGUGUCGGACAAAUGAUAUCCUCGUACCUGGCUAACAAGUCAGAGUUGGAUGAUCGGACAGUGCAUCUCCUGUUCAGCGCGAAUCGUUGGGAGAAGAGAUCACAGAUGGAAGCAAAGUUGAAAGCUGGGACCACCCUUGUUGUUGAUCGAUAUUCGUACUCAGGUGUUGCUUUCUCUUCCGCUAAAGGACUCAAUAUUGAAUGGUGUAAGGCACCUGAGAUUGGACUAUUGGCACCAGAUCUUGUUCUUUACCUCGACAUUCCACCCGAGAAAGCUGCAGAGAGAGGGGGCUAUGGAGGCGAGAGGUAUGAGCAACUCGAGUUUCAGAAGAAAGUAGCCGAAUACUACGAGGUCUUGCGUGAUUCCUCUUGGAAGAUUAUAGAUGCCUCAUUGCCGAUUGAAGAAAUCGAGAAGCAACUGCAGGAGUUGGCAUCAGAAUGUCUUAAGGAAUGCCAAAAGGGGAAACCCCUUUCACUUCUCUGGUCAUGUUAACAGGGCUUUACAGAUUGCGGAUUUGAUGUACUGAUCUUGUAAUUUACAUGCCUGUAUAUGGGGGGAAAGGAAAAAUGAAAAGCUUUAUUAUCCCCACAUGGAAAUUAUAUGCUUGUUUCGAUACCCUUGAUUCGAUUUCGAAAAUUAUAGCAACUCUGUGAUCUUUCAAUGAAUAUAGGAUGAAAUCAGUUUCCUCUGCAA